AUGACUCCUAAUGGAUGGGUGAACACAGAGGUCCUGGGUGGGGGGGGGGUUUUUGGGGGGGGGGGGGGGGGGGGGGGGGGGGGGGGGGGGGGGGAGGGGGGGGGGGGGGGGGGGGGGGGGGGGGGGGGGGGGGGGGGGGGGGGGGGGGGGGGGGGGGGGGUGGGGGGGGGGGGGGGGGGGGGGGGGGGGGGGGGGGGGGGGGGGGGGGGGGGUGGGGGGGGGGGGUGUGGGGGGUGUGUGUGGGGGUUGGGGGGGGGAAUCACCUGGUCGGAAAGAGGUCAUUUCUGA